CCCGGCCCGGCAGCAGGGAGGGAAAGAGGGAGGGGCCGAGCCUCGCCGCCGCCUUCCCGCCGCGCUCCCGCUUCAGCCGUGCAGGGCGGGUCCCGGCGGCCGCCCGCCAGCGGCUGCAGCCUGCGGCGGCGCGGGGCUCCCCAGCCGCUGCCCGAGGGUCUGUAACAAUGGAAGAGGUCCAUCAUCGAGAAGCCUGAAUUGUGGUACCAGGAAGGCCCUUUGAGACACUGACAAUAGGAGCCUGAGAUACAGAAGACAGCAAACAUGCUGAAGCCAAGUGGACUUAAAAUCCCAGGCAGGGCUGGGAAGCACUCCAGCCCAGUGGGAUGGGCAUCAGGGACUACUACAGCUGCUGUCACCACUGGCUCAAAAGAAGGCUCACCUUUACACAAGCAGGGUACCACCUCCACCACCAGCGCCGAAAAGUCGGGUUCAAAGGUUACCGAGGUGGGUGAUGAUCACCUGGAAGACUUUGUGGUGGGCGAACGCGUCUGGGUAAAUGGAGUGAAGCCAGGUGUGAUCCAGUACCUUGGGGAGACACAAUUUGCUCCGGGCCAGUGGGCAGGGGUUGUUCUGGAUGACCCAGUGGGUAAGAAUGACGGCUCUGUCGGUGGAGUGCGGUACUUUGAAUGCCAGCCGCUGCAGGGGAUCUUUACGCGACCGUCCAAGCUGACGCAGCAGCCGGUGGCCGAGGGCUCGGGGAGCGACAGCCCCUCCGUGGACUCCUUGACGGCUCAGAACCUGUCGCUGCACUCAGGGACAGCCACACCACCUCUCUCCAGUCGUGUCAUUCCCCUGCGGGAGAGCGUCCUCAACAGCGCCAUGAAGACGGGCAAUGAGUCUGGAUCUAACCUCUCAGACAGUGGGUCUGUGAAAAAAGGGGACAAGGACUUACGGCUUGGAGAUCGCGUGCUGGUUGGUGGGACGAAGACAGGAGUUGUGCGCUAUGUGGGAGAGACAGACUUUGCCAAAGGAGAGUGGUGUGGAGUGGAGCUGGAUGAACCCCUGGGCAAGAACGACGGGGCGGUUGCUGGUACAAGGUAUUUUCAGUGUCCUCCCAAGUUUGGCCUCUUUGCUCCCAUCCACAAGGUGAUCCGGAUCGGUUUCCCAUCAACCAGCCCUGCCAAGGCAAAGAAGAGCCAACGAAUGGCCAUGGGAGUGUCUGCCUUAACCCACAGCCCCAGCAGCUCCUCCAUCAGCUCUGUCAGCUCCGUGGCAUCAUCUGUUGGUGGCAGGCCCAGCCGCAGCGGGCUGCUGACAGAGACCUCUUCUCGAUAUGCCCGAAAAAUCUCUGGCACCACAGCUCUCCAGGAGGCACUGAAGGAGAAGCAGCAGCACAUUGAACAGCUCCUGGCAGAGCGUGACCUGGAGCGGGCUGAGGUUGCCAAAGCCACCAGCCACAUCUGCGAGGUGGAGAAAGAGAUUGCCAUCAUGAAGGCCCAACACGAGCAGUACGUCACGGAGGCAGAAGGAAACCUCCAGCGAGCACGAACUCUGGUGGGUGUGAUACAGAAGGAGAAGAUUGAACUGUUGAACCAGCUGGAAGAGGAGAAGAGGAAAGUGGAGGACCUGCAGUUCCGUGUGGAAGAAGAAUCCAUUACAAAGGGGGAUCUGGAGACUCAGACGCAGUUGGAGCAUGCCCGAAUACGGGAGCUCGAGCAGAGCCUGCUGUUUGAGAAGGCACAGGCUGAGAAACUCCUCAGAGAAUUAGAGGACACCAGGUUAACCACGGUGGCAGAGAAGUCCAGGAUCCUGCAGCUGGAGGAGGAGCUGAGCCUCAGGCGCAGCGAGGUGGAUGAGCUUCGGCAGUGCCUCAGGAACUCUCAACAAGCAGACACCCCAGAGCAUAACCUUGGCUUGCAGUCAGAGGCUCUUCGUCUACGAGAUCAACUGCUGUCUGCCAACAAGGAGCAUCAGAAGGAGAGCAGCCAGCUAAAGGAGAAGUAUGAGAAGAUGUUAAAGAAGUACCAGCAGGAGAUGGAGAAGCUGAAAUCUGUCAAUGAGAAGUACUCACAGGAAAUCGUUGACCUAAAGCAUAAAGUUCAGCAAGCCACUAAUGAGAACAUGGGGCUUAUGGACAACUGGAAGUCCAAGUUGGACACAUUAGCUUCAGACCACCAGAAGUCUCUGGAGGACCUGAAAGCCACACUGAACACAGGCCCUGACACCCAGCACAAGGAGAUCGUGGAACUGAAGGCAGUGGUGGAGAGCAUAAAGAUGGAGCACCAGCUUGAGUUGGAGAACCUUAAAGCAAAGCAUGACAUUGAGACAGCUGUUCAUAUAAAGGAGAAAGAGAGUCUCAAACUGAAGUUGCAAGAGGCUGUGGAUGAAAUGGAAAAAAGCAACAGCAACUGGAAAAUGCAACUGGAAACAAAAAACAGUCAGCACCUUCUUGAGCUCCAGGAUGUGAAGGACAAGUGUCGAGAUGCUGAACUGAGGGUGCUUGAACUGGAGAAACUUCAUGGUGAAUAUACGGAUCAGACAGAAGCAAUAGCUUUCUUAAAAGAGCAGAUUUCUUUGGCUGAGAAGAAGAUGUUGGACUAUGAAACGUUACAGAAAACAGAAGCCCAGAGCAAACAGGAGAUCCACAGAUUGCAGGAGAAAGUGCUUGUUUUAGAGAACAAGCUGCAGUCCAUGGAGGCCCUGCAUCCUUCUCAGCAUGCAAAUAUGAUUGCAACUAAUGAUAUUUCAGAAGAAAAGAUGAAGCAGACUAUGGAAGACCUCCAAGACAAGCUGAGCAAAAGAGACAAAGAGGUAUCAUCACUGGUGUCCCAGACUGAAACUCUAAGGGCCCAAGUAAGUGCUUUGGAAAACAAAUGCAAAACAGCAGAAAAGAAGGCUGAUACGGUGUUAAAAGAAAAGAAACGUCUGGAAAGUGAACUGGAAGCCUUGACCAAGAAAACAUAUGAUGCUUUGGGGCAACUGGUCCUCAUUAGCCAGGAGCUACGCAAGAAGGAAAGGAGCCUGAAUGAGCUGAGAGCAUUGUUGCUGGAGGCAAACCGGCACUUGCCUGGGCUGGAACGGGACCUGAGCCGGGAAGUGCACAAAGCUGAGUGGCGGUUGAAGGAGCAGAAACUCAAAGAUGACAUCAAGGGGCUGCGAGAGAAACUGGUUGUGCUGGACAAGGAGAAAUCGGUCGAUCAGCGGCGAUACUCCCUAAUCGACCCUUCAUCAGAGUCAGAGGUGAUCCGGCUGCAGCACCGGCUGGUCAGCACAGAGGAUGUGCUGCGCAAUGCGCUGGAGCAGGGCCACCAGAUGGAGAAACUCAUGGAAGCAAUGAGGCUCUCUUCUGAGAAAACACAGACUGGAAAUUCUGGGUCUGCUAACGGGAUUCACCAGCAGGAUAAAGCCCACAAACAAGAGGAGAAGCUCUGAUAGAGAAGAGGUGAAGAGGAUUAUUUCAGGCCAAUAUCAGCUCCUGUGCACUGUCAGGAAAAAUGGUACCACAUUUGGCUUUAGCAUGUCCAAAAGACCAGACACAGUAUUUUCACUUUAAAGAAGGACAAUAUUUAUAAUACACUAACUGAUGUAGUCAGGACAAUCCUGCAGUCUGGUUUUCCAAGACAGCCAUUGUUCCAGGGGGGAGCAGAAAGGUCUCUCUACGUUUGGUUUCUUACUUGUAUUGGUUUUGACUAUGGAAUUUGUAUUGCUGUUGUCCCACCAGCUGACCUGGUCUGGAUGAUGGCUGCCCCAAAUGGUGGCUGAAGUGUCAGCAAGUCCCAGUAUCCCACAGGAACUCCAAAAGGAUUUGCUUGUGGUGUUUGAUGCUUCUCACCUGGUCUGUCCCUUCCCUUCCACACAUGCUGCUGUCUUGAAGACCUGCACAAGCAAGUGGAACCUGCUGGGCUGACUGUUCAUGCUGGCAUGUGUAGGCUGAGCAAGAUGGGGUGUGUGGAUGUGUUUCCCUCCACCUUGUAGAAGACAUUGGUGUUCUGGAGGCUGCACUUAGUGCUUGUAUCCUAGCAUGUCCUGGGAAAUAAUCUGAUUUCAGGGGAAUAUUUGUUUUGUUUCUCACCCAGUGCUGUUUGGGGACAGGCAACCUGAGCUGUGGUUGGCCUUUCUUCCUGCAGAGAUCUCUGAGCAGGCCUGCCCAUGCCCUGCCCCACAACAAGGCUGACCAGCCUGAUCCCCAUCACUUGUAUGUGUUUUAUUGGGCCUUUUUAGAGCACAGGACUCCACAGCUGCACCUCAUCACUGGCCUGAGAGCUCCGUGCUGGCUGCAGUCAGUGUGGGACAGAUGCCCUGUGGAGAUGGUUCCCUCCUUGCCUGUUUAAUUUAACAGCUGAUCAGGGAUCGCCUGGCCUUUCUCUGGAGCUCUCCUUGACUCUGCAGUAUGAUGCCCAUCCCCUUCUGCCAGGAAUACAAAAUGCUGAGGUGCUGCUCUGAGCAUUCAUGCAGCAGCAGCUGUCUGUAUUGGAUGGGUACAGCAUUCCUCUGUGUAUGACCUGAGUAUGAGCAUUUGGAGCAGAAGGAAUACAAGACUAGAGCUCACACAGCUCUUGUCUGUACAUAGCCGUGCAGGCCCAGGCAAGGAUCUUGUUCCUUCUUCUGAAGGCUUUACCCUUCUCUAACUUUGACCACAGCUCCCAAGGGACACUAGGGUGGAGGAAAGGGACAAUAUGCUUUUAAAGGUGUGAGACUCCAGCAGUACCACAGGGAAGAAUCACAGCAAUAUUUCACCAGGCUUUCUCUAGUUAGUGCCUGACUCCUCCAGUCUUCAGAAGCUCUUUUGUUGUGAUGGGUUAUCUGUGAAACAGGACAAGACAGAAGAGAGCACUGAGAGAGAUCUGAGCCUGACCCCAGGCAAAUGAACAUCACAUCAUGUCAGCUUCAUAGCUUUUGCCUUCAUUUCCUGUAAGGUUGUGCUACUUUGUCUUCAUGGGUUGCCAGACUCCUGCUUCCUUGAAGGAUGAGCAGCCAGAAGCAACCUUGGAAAGACAUGGGCUUCAUGGCUGCAUUUCUACCAUGAGGAGGAUGUUGCUGAAUCUGGGCUAUGACACAACACUGAACCCUGCUCACUUGAUGCAGGAUUGGUGAUCUCCCUCCGUUCAGAGGGAGGAUGAGAGAGGAAGGUGAGUGUAAAGCAGGACAGAAAGCACAGCUUAAAUCUUGUGCAUGGCAGGGGGAGGCAGAACUG